AGGUUUUGAUAAAUCUCCCCCCCAUAGUUUACCUCAAAACGGGAUACUUUUAGGAACGUCACACGUUGAUAAAUUCGUGACCGCUGCAAGUUCAAAAUGGAAAAAGCCCUAUGUAUAAGUGUUUGGAAAAUCUCUGAUGACACCUGUCUCGGGAACUGUCCAGAGUAGAAGCAAAUCCCCAUAGCAAACCUCUUCUACUCUGGGCAGUUCCCGAGACAAGCAGAGAUGUCAGCAGAGAGCACUGUUGCCAGACAGAAAAGAACAACUCAACUUCAGCAGCUGAUGAUUAUUGGAAGGAGUCUCAGCCUGGCAUCCAAUGACAAGAUUAUAAGUGAGGUUGGGAAGAAGGUCUCUCUGCCUUGUGGAGCUCCAUCGAACGGAGAAAUUCAAGACAUUCUCUGGAACAAAGAUGGAAAGUCGUUUGUGAAAUAUGGCAAAUUUGGAAGAACAGCCUCCAAAGCUCCAGGCAGUGAACGGUUCCAAUUUCUAUCCGGCACAUAUAACCUGGAAACAACAAGUGUACAGCUCACGGAUGCAGGCACUUUCUCAUGUAUUAAACCAGAUAAAACGGUGACGACUGUGGAACUGAUUGUCUUCGAAAUCUCAGCAGAACCCUCCGAUAUCCUCAUCAUGUCUGAAAACCUGAAACUGAGCAUUAAGUCCUCUCCAGUAAUGGAUUUUAGUGCAUCUUGGUUGAAGGAUGACAAAAAGAUUGGAGAUGGACCGAACCUGGAGGUGAAGAACAUAACAGUAGAAAAAAGCGGAGAUUACAUUUGCCUUAUAAGGAUGAAAGAUGGAAAUGAAAUUCGUUUUUCAAAAACUAUCAGUGUGAAAGGUUUUACAUCAUCUCCCUCCAUUGUCUACAUGUCCGGCGAGCGUUCCAUAACCCUCCCUUUUUUCUUCAACUUCAAAGUCCGGGAUUCUCCUCUUCUGGAUGAGAUCAGGGCUAUAGAAGGAAACAUCAAACAUGUUUCAAGUACUGAAAAACCUUUUGAGACACUCACACUCACUUCAGGGGCAGCUUCUUGGCCUCCGAAAUCCGAACCAAAGUCUGACUCCAAGCCUAAACCUGAGGACUUGAGCUUUUAUAUCAGGAGUCCUAAAUUAAGUGGCCUAUAUCAGAUGGAAAUUGUCUUACAGAUCGGCAGUCGACAGAAGAAGAUACAAAGGGAUGUGUGUGUGGCCAAUCUCACAAUGUCCAAAUCCCACAAUAGCAUCUCUAGAGGCUCCAACAUGACUCUCCUGUGUAGCGUCGACUGCAUUGAUAAGGAUGUGAGGCUUUGCUGGCGUCAUGUGAACAAGAGCUAUGACAUCUGCGGACCACCGGGUAAAGAUAAACUGGCUAAAGAAAUCACUAUUCAACCUGAGACGAGUGGAAACUGGACCUGUGGUGUGUUUACUGGGGAAAGAUGGCUCGCUAGCGCCAACCUGACACUGGAGAUCCGAGACCUGACAAUUACCCUCUUCUGGGUCACCGUAGCAGCUGGGGUGAUUGUAUUUCUCCUAAUUGUAACCAUCCUGACUAUUAUGAUUGCCCGGCACCGUAGAGCGAGGCGAGCACAAUACAGGGCAUGGUUACUUGAAAACUUGCACCAGCACAGAAGGUGUGAAUGUGAAUAUACUGGGUUUGCACCUCAGCGGCUCAAACAGAACGUAUGAUCAGCCCUACAGAAUAUUACACUAUAAUGGACACUUCUGCUGUACAUUGCUAAACUUUCUAUUCACCCGCUCACCUAUUGACUGGAUACCAGCAGCAAAGUAGCACAUUUGUGGCUAAAAAAAAAUCAUCUCCCACCGUUCUGUGUAUUACGGGCCUCCUCCUCACACCACAGGCCCUUAUGUUCCUCAUUCUUUUGUGUAUAGCGCUGUUUUUUACUGUUUUAUAUUUAAAUACAGAAAUCUUAU